AUGGCCUCUUCUAACCGCGGAAAAAGAUGCUUCCGUUGUGAUAAAUAUAAAAAUCUUAACGAAUUUACUCGACAAAUUGGAAGUCAAAUAAAAGAAGGUUCCAACUGCAAUAAAUGUGCAAAAACUAAAAAGAAAAAAAAGCCUAAAGCUAUUAGUAAACCAACGAGUGUAGAAAGUUUGAACAUAACUGAAGAUUACGUUAAUGAUGAAUAUAAAGACAUAGCUUA